AUGACAGCUAAAAGUGAUUAUAAAUUGUGUAGUGACAAUUAUGCAACAAUUUGUCGAUUAUGUCUUGAAUCGAAUGGAUAUAUGCUUGCCAUAUUCAAUUCUGAAGAACUGUCAAAUCCCGAUUUAUCAAUUAUGGAUGACACCGAAAAGAAUUAUUACAGCAAAUUUUAUAUUUAUCAUAAAAUAUUUGAAUUUUUACAAAUACAGGUUGGUUUUGAAGAUGGUCUUCCACCUAACAUCUGCCAUAGAUGCUUAUAUAAAAUAGAAUUAUGUACUGAUUUCAAAAAAGCCUGUUUACAAUCUGAUGCGGCUCUACGUCAUAGUCUAAACCAUAAAUUGAAUGCAAAAGAUGAUUUAAAUGUAAUUGAAAAAAGACAUGUAGUCAAUCAUUUAGAAUUUGAAGAAUUCAAUUUACAAAACCAUAAAUUUAUAGAAAAUGACGAGAAUGUUGAAAAUGUCGUAACAGUCGUUGAUCCAACUGCUCAAUGUGAUACAGACAACGAAAUAGACACUGAAUGUAAAACUAAUAAAAUAGAAACUAAUGAACUUGAAGCUGAAACACAACAUCAAAGUGAUGCAGAAAUUGAUAUAGCAACAGAAAUCAACGAAUUUAAAAAUGUAUUCAUGUGUCAAUAUUGUGAUAGAGCUUUUAUUAAUCAAGAUAUGUGCUUUUUACACGAGCAAUCGAAUCAUGAUGUUUCGACACCAUUUUUAUGCCAAGAAUGUGAUAUGGCAUUUGGUGAUCGAGUAAAUUAUACAGCACACUUAAAAUCUGUACAUAAGAACGAUAAACCGUUUGGUUGUUCUGAAUGUGAUCGAUCAUUUGGCCGACGUAGUGAUUUACGCAAGCAUACCAUUGUUCACACGGGUAUUAAACCAUUUACAUGCACAAUUUGUUUAAAAUCGUUUUCACGAAAUACGAAUUUAAACAAACAUUUGCGUAUUCAUAGUGGCUUGAAACCACACGUAUGUCCAAAAUGCCCAAGAACAUUCAUAUCGAAAGGAGAUUUAUCACGCCAUUCUUUAAUUCAUUCCGGCAUCAAACCCUUCUCAUGCACUCAAUGUGAUCAAUCAUUUGGUAGACGCGACAAAUUAGUUCGACAUGAAAAAAGACAUAUGAAACCUGAAAAUAUUGAUAAGGGUAACAUAUCACAAGAUUUAGGUUUCCUUAGUGAACAAUUAGUACAAAGACCAUUUAGUAAUGAAUUUCCUGGAAAUAUCGAAAUGCCUGAUAUAAAACAAGAAGUGGAUAGCGAUCAAUGGGAUAGUUCUGAGAAUAUGGUGAUUAGCCUCGAUCCGUAUUCGCAUAACGAUCAAAUGGAAGCUGAAUCAAGUGGCUAUGUACGCAGUGAAACAAGUUUGACCGUAAUUGCAAAACCACCAGAAAAUAUAAUAGAAAAUACAGAUCAAAUGACCUUAGAGCAUGUUACAGGUGAUGACGGAUUUCCAGGAUUUUCGGCUGAAGAAGUUAAAAUGGCGAAAUCUGCAUUAUUAAAACAAUUUAUUUGCACUGUAUGUGGUAAGAAAUUUUCAAAUCACGAUUCAUUAAAAUUACAUUCUGCAACGCAUAGUGCCUUGCGGCCACAUGCUUGUAAAAUUUGUUCGAAAACAUUUAUGCGAAAACGUGAAUUAGAUCGUCAUAUGAACACACAUACAGGAAUGAAACCAUUUGGAUGUUUAGUUUGUGAAAAAAAAUUUGGUCGUAAGGAUAAAUUAGUACGACAUAUGAGGGUACAUGAUGCUACUCGACAUUAUUCAUGUACUUAUUGUUCAGCAAAGUUUACCAGAAAAGAUGGAUUAGCACAUCACUUGAAAAUGCAUCUUAUGAAAGAUAUGGGGUUGAAUAAUGAUAGUUUAGAAUUAACUGCAGCAACCAAUGUUCCAAAUGUUAGUGAGACACAACCACCGUCAAUAAUAGAUUCAUAACAAAGUAUUUUCUUUUAUUGAUCAUUUAAACAAAUGGGUAAUAUAAACAACCUUGUAUUUUUCUAAAUUUUAAAUUUCCAUAAUCCAUAUCAA